CAGUCCGUCUCCAGUUGCCUCUCUCGCGGAGGGUAUAUAAAGAGGAGAAAGGGUGAGAAAGGGAAAAACAGAGAGGGAUCUUUGUGACGGCCGCGGCGGCGAUGGAUCCGGACGCGGUAGCGAAGGCUUUCGUGGAGCACUACUACCGGACGUUCGAUGGGAACCGGGCGGCGCUGGGGGGCCUGUACCAGGACGCCUCCAUGCUCACCUUCGAAGGCGACAAGAUCCAGGGCGCCGCCGCGAUCGUCGCCAAGCUCACUUCCCUCCCCUUCCAGCAGUGCGCCCACGCCAUCUCCACCGUCGACUGCCAGCCCUCUGGCCCUGCCGGCGGCGUCCUCGUCUUCGUCAGCGGAUCCCUACAGCUCGCCGGCGAAUCCCACACUCUCAAGUUCAGCCAGGUAUUCUACCUUCUCUCUCUAUCUAUGAGCGCCUUCCGUCACUUAGUCGUUCGAUUUGAUUAGAUCGGCCGGUCUCCA